CCGCCCUUAGAAUCAGAGAAGAAGCAGCAGAUACUUUCCUUACUGACGAGUAGGAGGAGCGUACUUCACGAGAGUUCUCUACUCACCAAAGUUGCCCACCUAAAGCCUAAUUACCAACAUUGUAUCUGCAGUGUGUCUGUGACAUAGACUGUCUGUGACCUCCUCACACUCUCACUGUCAGUCUGCAGUUUGUUGAAGUCUCACAGUCAUUGCACCAAACUGCAGAGAACAUGGGACGGAAGGUGACUCUUGCUACCUGCUCGUUGAAUCAGUGGGCUUUGGACUUUGAAGGAAACUCAGAGAGAAUACUUCAAAGUAUUGAGAUCGCCAAGGCUCGAGGAGCCAAAUACAGACUGGGCCCAGAGCUGGAGAUAUGCGGAUACGGCUGUGCAGACCACUUCUAUGAGUCAGACACGUUGCUUCACAGCUUUCAGGUCCUCAAGAAGCUUCUGGAGUCUCCGAUCACCCAGGACAUUAUCUGUGACGUGGGGAUGCCCAUCAUGCAUCAAAAUGUGCGCUACAACUGUCGGGUGCUGUUUCUCAACAGAAAGAUCCUGCUGAUCAGACCUAAGAUGAUCAUGGCCAACCGUGGGAACUACAGAGAGCUGCGCUGGUUCUCUCCGUGGAAUCAGUCAAGGAAAGUGGAGGAGUAUUUCCUUCCCUCAAUGAUCCGGGAGGUAACAGGGCAGGAUACAGUCCCUUUUGGUGACUGUGUUUUAUCCACAAGGGACACCUGCAUCGGCACUGAGUUAUGCGAAGAGCUCUGGAAUCCUAGAAGUCCUCAUAUUCAGAUGAGUCUGGAUGGGGUUGAAAUCAUAACCAAUUCUUCUGCAAGCCAUCACGAGCUCCGCAAGGCUGACCAGAGAGUUAACCUGAUCAAGUUGGCCACAACAAAGUGUGGAGGAAUCUACCUGUAUGCCAAUCACAGGGGCUGCGAUGGAGACCGAGUCUAUUACGACGGCUGUGCCUUGGUGGCCAUCAAUGGAGACGUGGUGGCACAGGGAGCACAGUUCUCCCUCACUGAUGUGGAGGUGAUCACAGCCACUCUUGACCUGGAGGAUGUGCAGAGCUACAGAGGAGAAUUUUGCCAACCGAACCUGGAGAUUGAACACAAACUUUGCCACAGGGUCAAAGUUGACUUCUCUCUGUCCACUGCUGACGAUAUCUACCUCCCUACCCACCAACCAAUAACAUGGUGCUUUCAUACACCAGAGGAAGAAAUUAGUUUAGGGCCAGCCUGCUGGCUGUGGGACUACCUGAGGAGAAGUGGACAGGCUGGUUUUCUGUUGCCUCUGAGUGGAGGAGUCGACAGCUCCUCUGCUGCCUGUAUCAUUCACUCCAUGUGUGUGCUAAUCUGCCAGGCUGUAGAGGAUGGCAACAUGCAGGUGCUGGAGGAUGUACGCAGAGUUGUUUGGGAUGACUCCUAUUCCCCUCAGCAUCCAAGAGAAUUGUGUGGUCGCAUCUUCACCACCUGCUACAUGGCAAGUGAGAACUCCUCAGAGGACACCUGCAGCAGGGCCAAGGACCUGGCCAAUCAGAUUGGCAGCACACACUUGAACAUUAAUAUAGAUAUGGCAGUGAAAGGAAUCCUGGGUAUCUUCUCAAUGGUCACUGGAAAGCUGCCUGAGUUUCGCGCUUAUGGAGGAACCCACAGAGAGAACCUGGCUCUGCAGAACAUACAGGCUCGGGUCAGGAUGGUCCUGGCCUACCUAUUUGCCCAGCUGGGUCUUUGGGCCAGGGGGAGGCCAGGUGGACUGCUGGUGCUGGGCUCAACCAAUGUAGAUGAGAGUCUGACAGGGUAUUUCACAAAGUAUGACUGCUCCAGUGCUGACAUCAACCCCAUAGGAGGCGUCAGCAAGACGGACCUGAAGAGUUUCCUGCUGUACUGUGUGGAGCAGUUCCAGAUCACUGCUCUGAGGGGCAUCCUAGCAGCUCCCCCCACAGCUGAGCUGGAGCCUCUGACUGAUGGACAGGUGUCACAAACGGACGAGACAGACAUGGGGAUGACCUACUCUGAAUUAUCUGUGAUUGGACGUCUGAGGAAGAUUUCCAAGUGCGGCCCCUUCAGUAUGUUCUGUAAACUCAUUCACAUGUGGAAGGAUGCACUCUCUCCCACACAGGUGUCACAGAAGGUGAAGCACUUUUUCCGGAUGUACUCAAUGAAUCGCCACAAGAUGACCACAGUGACUCCGGCCUACCACGCCGAGAGCUACAGUCCUGAUGACAACCGCUUUGACCUGCGACCUUUCCUCUACAACACACGCUGGACCUGGCAGUUCAGGAGCAUUGAUGACCAGGUGUCCAAGGUGGCAGUGAAUGAGCACUAAGAGAUCUACAGCAUCCAGUGAUCAAACAGAUGAGAUGAUAUUUGGGGAUACUGUGUAUACUUCAGACAUGCCAAACAUUUUAUACAUUUCUCUGGUACUGUACUGACCUUCUCUUCUACCUCAGUCAUGUUGCCUUUGUGAUAGCUGUUUGCUCACUGUUAGUGUAAAAGAGGCGAUGGUGUACUAGAUGCCACACUUGAGACCUCAGGGAGAUUAACUGUUUGCUGGUGAUUUUAUCUGUAGGGUUGCAAUCGUCACAGUUUGUCCGGUCAGAACAUGGAUGUUGUAGAUGAAAAGAUAUUCGAUGGUGACACACUCUAUUUCGGUUUCCACUCCUUUUAUUUCCUUAGACAUUGAUUUUUACUUAUGAUGGUGAACAUGAAAGUGAAGGUGUGUGGUGAAGGUGUGUGGUGAAGGUGUGUGGUGGUUUCUGUCAAAUGUUAAACACUAAAUGUCACAAAAAACUAAUGAAGACGUGACAUCACCCACUGGCUUAUUUUACUUGAAGCAUUGGAUUUGACAUUUUGUCAUCCCCAUGGAGCUGCAUUUUAUGAAAAGUGUAAAAGCUAAGCUAUAAGCUAACACUAGCUUGCUUAUCAGAGUGCAUACCUCAUUUACUUGGGACUAAAAACAGGUUUUAAAAAAUAUAUUUACAGCAGGAAAUGAAAAGUCAGAUCCCAUAGCUUUGGUUUUAGUAAAGCUGAGGGCUGAAGACAUCUGUCAGGUCGCUGUGUUUUUGACAAGUCAAUCAAAAGGAAUCCACUGAAGCAUUGUCAGUUUUAUUCUUAACAGGAAAAUAAUGUACAGAUUGAACAUCAUGCUUUAUUCAGAAGGACUUAAACUACAGAUGGAGGCCAUCAGGUUGUUAGGAUAAUGUUUACUGAUUAAAGAUGUGGGGUCAUUUUCUCAUGAACUCAGAUUUACAAACAGACUUCUGGUUUCCAGUGGACUCAUCUCCUCAUGUUGGCACAAAGAAAGAAGCAGAACAAAAUGAUUCAGUCUUGACUUCACCUUUCAGAGCCAGAUGCUGUGUACACGUCUUCCUAUGUUUUCAGCUGACAAUUAAACCAGGUAAUAUCAAACUGUUCUACUCAUCCA